AUGAUGCGACCCAGAGACCCUCGGGUCCGUCAGACGAUCAACCAGAUCUCCCACAACUUAGAAACUGCGAACGAGACGGCGCAGGAGGGACUCUACGCAUUUUCGCACCACUAUAUCCUACCUUGUCUCUCUUCGAUUGGAAACUGCAUCUACGCAUGUACGGCCCCGUGUCUUCCUAGUCGGGAGGACCAUCUUCGACGUCGAAGACGAGGACGUGCGGAAGCCAGCUUUGACUUUUACGAUGAUUGGGAUAAUGAUGAUGCCAAUGACAGCUUGCUUGGAUGGGGCACGGACGAGCUCGACAGGCUGCUGGCGGGGAGCGGCUUGACGCGCGGGGGCGCCGAACAGCCACGCAGACAGCGUAAAAUGAGCUACGGUACUCGAGGUGCGAGGCGCAAGAGCAGUGUUUUGGUACCAGAUAAUCGAAAUGAUCCGACUGUUAUUCCAAGCUCAUCCUUCCUGGGAUUCUUGGAGCGUUUCCCUUGGAGACUGGGAGCGCGAGGGCAGAAAUACCGCCCAUCCGCUGCGGAUCUCCAGGAACAUCCUACAGGCCUGCACCGGCAUGUGCCAGAGGAUGAGCCCCUCAUGGAGUCUGCCGAAGAAACGGAGGAGCAGGACCUCUCCGGCAAGAAUGGGCGGUACCGCAGUGCCACGCAGACAUCCCGUGAGACCGUAAACUCCUUGAGCUCGAGAGGGGAUUUGAUCCCUAGCGACGAGGAGGAAGAUGCAGUUCCUCUAGAUGACGAAUUUGCAUUAGCAUGGGUUAGUCGCCGAGGAACUGGACUAGACUCGGACGAUCAAUUGAGCGACAAAGUUGCAGGGAUGAAACGGUCCAUGUCCGGAACCUUUAGUUUCAGGACUUCAGCUUCGAGGGAAUCCCAAAAGAAGAAGAGUCGGUUACGAGAAUCCCAGAGUCCUAACAAGGAGCAUACUGGUGAAUACCGCACAGCGUCCUUGGUGGAUCUAAGAAAAGAAGAGGAGCAAGCAGAGUUAGAGGAAGAAACAGACGUAGCUUGGAGACGGGCUGCUGCGCGAAAAUUGGCUGCAAGUCGUGGCCUUGAUCAAAGCAAAGACAAGGUAUGCCAGUCGCCAUGA